AUGCCGCCAGACUACGCCGUGAUUAAGGAUAGCAAGCGCAAGGAUCCCAUCAAGGUCAAGUAUCCGAACGAGGAGGACAACAACUCGCUGCUGGUGAUGCCCCUGACGGAGCUCUAUCCGACCAAGAUGACCACCGUCAUGCAAAGCGUGCCGCAGGUCACCCAGGGCGAUCUGUGUAGCAUGAAGAUCUAUAAUAAUCUGGCCAAGGUCAAGAUGUGCUCGUUCUCGCCGCCCGAGAAGUGCCCCAACCGCGGCAAGUUCUGCCCGUUCGCGCACACGCCGCGCGAGCUGGUGCCGCCGAAGGACUUCGUGCUCUACAACGUCGAGGUCGCCACGUCGCGUUCGGGCGUCGAGAAUAUGCUGGUGGGCUCCCCGGCUGGCCCGGUCUCGGUGCCGCUUCGUUAUGCCAUGGACACAGCCGGCUUUAGAUACUGGCUCGAAAUGAAGGGCAGUUCAGGAUUAAUUAAUGUUUGCACGGAGGAUUACUGUGAUAAGUGGAAGGACUGCUACGACAUCCACCUGUCAGCUAAGUUCUGGGAGGACAGGCCCACCACCGAGCUGCGGCCGCACCCCUACCUCCGUAUCACGAAGCGACCGGUCGCGCCCGCUCCCGCGAACGUGGUCGACCACAAGGCGGCGCUUCUGCAUCAGCAGCAGCAGCAGCAGCAACAACAACAGGCGGCGCUCAUGUAUCAGCAGCACCAGCAGAAUCAGGCGCAGCUUCCGCCGCAGCUGCAGCUGCAGCUCGAACAGCAGAACUACAGGCCGAUCAUCCAGCCGCAUCUACAACCGCCGCAGCCGCACUACGAGAUGCAGCAGCAAUACGCGGCGCAGUACUCGCCGUUCAUGCCGUCAAUGCAGAUGUCCACGCAACCGGCCCCGGGCGUCUACCACCAGCGGUCCAUGUCGCCCAUGCUCGAGGACCAGCAGGGCAUGUAUGCCCAGCCCCAGCUCCAGCCCCAGCCCCAGCCACCGCAGCCCGUCGCCAGGCAGAAGCCCACGCGCACCGCCGCCCCGGCCUCUGCAUCGGCCCAACUGAUCGCCACCCAAGCCCCAGCCAUCGUGCCGCCGGUCAAGGCUCGUGCCGCCGCCCAAGGGGCGACCGCCGUAGAGGCCGAGGCGCCAGCGGACUACCAGGCCGAUGAGGGCAACAUGUACGAGGAGCACCUGCUCGAGUACCUCAAGGCCCCGCCCGCCGGCAUCCGCUACCGCGAGGUGGGCCAGGUGAUGCCGGAGAUGCGCGGCAAGUGGCAGGCCUGCUCCGAGCGCUACCGCGAGCUGUUCGAGCGGAUGACCAAGGCCUGCCGGUUCAGCUCCAUCUGCGAGCCCGGCUCGACCGUGCCGCGCUUCGUGUUCAACCGCCACCUGCGCAUCGGCGUCGGCGGCUCGUCCGACGUCUUUCUGGCCCUCAAGUACGACGACGGCAUGGAGAUCGCGCUCAAGCGCAUCUCCAAGCCCUACGACGACGACGACGACGACGAGAGUGACGGCGAAGCCGAGGCCGGCAGCGUCGACGAGAAUGCCAAGCCGCUCGACAAAAAGUUCAAGACGGAGAUCGACCUGCUCAAGACGCGCAACAGCGUGAUGGGCCUCGUGCGCUACUUCGGACACGUCGUGAUCCUGUCCGACCCGCUGACCGACCGCCACGACCCGCAGAUCGAGCACUACAUCGCCCUCGAGCUCAUGGAGUGCAACCUCAAGGAGCUCGUCCAGUCGUGGCACUCGCAGGGCAUGCUCGGCGGCCGGCCCGCCCACUUUCUCACCUGCCAGUACGCUGUGGGAUCGGUGCUGCGCACUCUGGGCGACCUCUGGCGGGGCCACGGCGGUCUCGUGCAUCGCGACAUCAAGCCGGAGAACAUUCUGGUCGACACCAUGAAGCAGAUCAAGCUCAUCGACUUCGGCAUCGCCAAGGAGCUCAGCAGCAACACCACCGCUAACACCACGGGCGUCCUUUCCGGGACCUACAUGUACGCGGCGCCGGAGCAGUUCCUGGGAAAGCGCGCGGUGCUGACCAGCGACCUGUUCUCGCUGGGCCUGGUGCUGUUCUACCUCCUGACGGGCGAGGAGAACUGGCCGCCGGGCGCCUACGUCACCAGCGCGCGGCUGUUCGAUCGGCCGCGCCUGGCCGAGGUCAUCCCGUGGCCGCACAAGCUCGCCGCCACGCGCCACCUGCUCGAGAACCUGCUCAUGGCCGACCCGCACACCCGUGCCUGGUACGACCCGAGCCUCGAGCGCAAGAAGCAGUGCCACGAGAACAUCCUCCGCCACCCGUUCUUCUGGAACGACCGCCAGGCCACCAACUUCCUCGUCGCGCUGGGCAACCUCCGCAGCUACGACUUCCCCGACGAACUCGCCCGCAUCGACGCCAUCAUCCACGAACUCCUCGACGGGAGGGCCGAGUACUGGUGGGAGAUUUUGGAGCCCAGCCUGUGGGCGGCCAAGGCGUCGUGGUGGGUCGAGAAGCGGGACAAGGAGCGCCCGGUGAACCUGCUGCGCUUCAUCCGCAACUGCUACGUCCACUCGGCCAACAAGGAGGAGGACCGCAUCUUCACCGAGCGGCCCUACUUCCUCGAGCUCCUGCCCACGCUCGUCGUGCGCCUGUGGGAGGCCUGCCGCCGCGAGCACCGCCUCAUGGGCCACCUCGUCCUCCGCUCCAUCCUCCUCCCCAUCUUCACCCCCACCCUCUACUUCCCCUACGCCGAGCGCAACUGGUUCUGA